AUGGCCUCCUCUUUGAGUGUCUCUUCCUCGUUGUUGCUUCCAAUCUUCCUAUCAUUUCUAUUCAUCAACCACACACAUGCUGCAACAAAUGAGUUGAUCACCAGCAUCUGUUCCAGCACCACCAAUCCUUCCCUGUGCGUGCAGUCUCUGAAAUCCGAUCCCCGGACAGCCAGUGCAGACCUCAAAGGCCUCGGAGCUAUCUCCAUUGACAUAGCUCAAUCCAACGCCAAAUCCACCUUGAACAUGAUCGUCUCCCUCGUUAAACAGACGACUGAUCCUAAAUUGAAAGGACGAUACGACACUUGUCGCGAGAACUAUGAUGAUUCCGUUAGUGACUUUGAUGAAUGCAGGAAGUUCUUGAAGUCCGGUGACUAUGCGAGCUUGAACACUUAUGCGUCGUCCGCUUUGGACGGCCCGGAUACUUGCAACGACGGCUUUGAAGGACCACCGGCUGAGCCACCGCAACUUCAGGCUGCAAAUAAGAAGUUGGAAGGUCUUUGCAGCAUCGUUUUGGCUAUUUCUAAUCGUUUGUGA